CCUAAUGUUGACCCUCAAAAAAAAUGCUACGAGCCUACGGUACAAGCCUACAAAGGCCAUUCUCCGUGUCAGUCCUCUCCAUCGCGGCUCCAAUUUCUCAUAUGGAUUUCUCUCUCCUCCUAGCGCUCAUGGCCAUCGCCUUGCCCGUGCUCCUCCACCUCCUAGCGAGAGCGAGGAAGCCACGGCCGGGCACGGCCAAGUUGCCCCCGGGCUCCCUGGGCCUGCCGGUGAUCGGCCAGAGCCUCGGCCUCCUCCGCGCCAUGCGCGCCAACACCGCCGAGCGGUGGGUCCAGGACCGGGUCGACAGGUACGGCCCGGUGUCCAAGCUGUCGCUGUUCGGCGCGCCGACGGUGCUCCUCACGGGGCCCGCGGCCAACAAGUUCGUCUUCUUCAGCGGCGCGCUGGCGAUGCAGCAGCCGCGGUCCGUGCAGAGGAUCCUGGGGGAGAAGAACAUCCUGGAGCUCAUGGGCGCCGACCACAAGCGCAUCCGCGGCGCGCUGGCCGAGUUCCUCAAGCCGGACAUGCUGCGGAUGUACGUGGGCAAGAUCGACGGCGAGGUGCGGCACCACCUGGACGAGAGCUGGGCCGGCCGGGCCACCGUCAUGGUCAUGCCGCUGAUGAAGAGGCUCACGUUCGACAUCAUCUCCCUGCUGCUCUUCGGCCUCGAGCGAGGCGCCGUCCGCGACGCCCUCGCCGGCGACUUCGAGCACGUCAUGGAUGGCGUGUGGGCCGUCCCCAUGGACCUGCCAUUCACGGCGUUCCGCCGGAGCCUGAAGGCCAGCGCCAGCGCUCGCCGGGUGAUCGCCGGGAUCAUGCGGGAGACGAAGGUCAAGCUGGAGCGGGGCGAGGCCUCCAGGAGCAGCGACCUCAUCGCGUGCCUGCUCAGUUUGACCGACGACAGCGGCGCGCCGCAGCUGAGCGAGGAGGAGAUCGUGGACAGCUCCGUGGUGACCCUCGUCGCCGGCCAUGACACCUCGUCCAUCCUCAUGACGUUCAUGGUCCGCCACCUCGCCAACGACCCGGACACCCUCGCCGCCAUGGUCCAAGAGCACGACGAGAUCGCAAAGAACAAGGGCGAUGGAGAGGCCCUGACAUGGGACGACCUGGCGAAGAUGAAGUUCACGUGGCGCGUCGCGCUGGAGACCCUCCGCCUGGUGCCUCCCGUGUUCGGCAACUUCAGGCGAGCAAUCCAGGACACCGAGUUCGACGGGUACCUCAUCCCCAAGGGAUGGCAGGUGUUCUGGGUGGCGAGCGCGACGCACAUGGACGCCGCCAUGUUCCACGAGCCGGCUAAGUUCGACCCGUCCAGGUUCGAGGACCAGCCGUCGGCGACGGCCCCGCCAUGCUCGUUCGUGGCGUUCGGCGGCGGCCCGAGGAUCUGCGUCGGCAAGGAGUUCUCCAGGAUCGAGACGCUGGUGACGAUGCACUACCUGGUCAGGCGGUUCCGGUGGAAGCUCUGCUGCAAGGAGGACACCUUCGUCAGGGACCCCAUGCCGUCGCCGCUGCACGGCCUACCCAUCGAGCUCGAGAACAAGCCCUCCUCUCCCUGAUCAGGACAAAGAUUGGCACUUGCAGAGAGCAUUUGCACAACAGGGUUACACCAGAAAGAUGCUCCACAUGGUAUAACAAAAAUGUUCCACGUGGUGGCACCACACAUAGUGUAUAAUAAAAAUAAUAGUGUAGUGAGACAGUGUUGUUACCAUCAGUUGAUAUCUUGUACACGUAAACAAUAUCAAGAUGAUAUCAGCUGAUGGUAUUUCUUAGGCCUUUGUUACCGUCAGUUGUUGGAGGGUGGGUGUGGAUGAUUGGUAGGGGUGGCUUGGAAGUUGCUACCAUUCAGCUUUACAUUGAUAUAUCUGCCCAUGUCUCUAUCGACGA